UUUAGGGUUUAAGGAAAUAAAAAAAUAAAAAGUACAGAAAAUCAUAAGCAUGCAUGUCGAGCGAUAUGGAACAGACGGAUUUUAGGGUGCGGGGGCCAUCGUAAAUUGUUAUGUAGGUGCCUGAAGUGUGUUCCGAAGAAGGUUAAUCUGAAUCGACCAACUAAAACUGAGAGAAUGCAAGCUCUGUCGCUGACUCUUAGCAAGAGAUUGAGGCUCUCCGAUUCUAACUCCAAGCCUCUCUUCAGACUGUCAUCGUAUUUAUAUUAUUCUUUUUCUUGCUCUCCUCCACUAUUGUACUCAAUGCCUUCACCGCCUUCGGGUCCCUUCACCGCUCCAUGGUCUACCAUUCAAUGUCGGGGAAUCAAAGUCUCUGGUUCUGAUGUUAGAGUCGGAAAUAUCAUUGAAAAACUAGGUCGCAUUUACGAGGUUCUUAAAGUAGAUCACUCUCACGAAGGAAGAGGAAAAGCCACAAUCAAGGUGGAACUUCGUGACAUUGGGCACGGUAACAAGGUAACACAACGAAUGGGUACUUAUGAGGAUAUUGAAAGGGUCUACGUUCGGGAAAAAACUUUCAUUUAUAUGUGCAUGGAUCAUGAUGGAACUGUAGUAUUAAUGGACCCUGAUACAUUGGAUCAAAUGGAAGUUUCCAGAGACUUGUUUGGCAAGAAUUGUUUAUAUCUACAAGAUGAAAUGAAAGUUAAGGUACAGUUUUAUGAUGAUAAACCUUUAUCUGCAUCUGUUCCAAAACGCGUGACAUGUAUUGUCAAGGAAGGGAUUGCAGCCACUCCGAGGAAUAAAAAGGUUGUACUGGACAACGGCCUUACAGUUGAAGUUCCACCUCACAUUGUAGCUGGUGAUGCCAUUGUUGUUAAUACAGAGGAUGACUCUUACAUCGAAAGGGCCAAGGCAUAGUGUGAUUUCAGCCAGAAUUUAAGCGGCGACCUGUGGGAUGCAAAUCAGAUGUGACCUUUUUAUUUACCCUCCAUCCCUCUUUCUCUUGAAAAUAAGGCCUGUUUUGAUUAUCUUUUAUUUAUGUUGGCA